AUGGCGGCCGCUCUCAAAUCACUCGUCAACGGCGCCAAGGCGCUAGCAAUCGGCAACUCAGGCCACAAAGCAGCCCUGCAGGAGUUGUUUCCCGUGGUCGACAAGGCUGUCGACGGCGAGGACUGUGAUCACGAUUGCGACAGUUGCUCGGUGAAGUACCCCAAAAGUUUCAAGAUUGAUGAGGAUGACGACCUCUACGGAUUCGUCAAGGGGUGGAGUACGCACGUGCUCGUCGCGACGGGCAAGACGGACUGGGUCCGCGACGUCGAAGAUGAGAAGGGCAGCGUCAUGCAGGCAAUCGGAGCCGCCAAAGGGCCGAGCAACGGGCGCCUGAUGCUCUCAGCAUCCAACAUCCCCACCCCGCACCACACGACCUCCUACUCGGAACCCACCACCGUCCUUCUCCUCCCGGCCUUUACCAUCAUCGAGAACGUGACGCCCGCCACCGUUCCGACCCUGAUAGCCUCCAUCAUCUCCAACGCGCCCACCACGGCCUCCCCGCUCGUGCCCGUCUCCAUCCCGCCGUCCCUCGAGGCCCCGCUCCCGGAGGCGACGCCUGCGGCAUUACGAGAGCUGACCACCCGGCCUUGCCCGCAUCGCGCCCUGAUCCUGCUGUGCAGCCAGAAGACGCGCGACGCGCGCUGCGGACAGAGCGCGCCCUUGCUGCGCAAGGAGUUCCAGCGCCAUCUGCAGCCGCUGGGGCUGUACCGGGACCUGGACGACGAGCGGCCUGGCGGUGUGGGGAUAUACUUCAUCAGCCACGUGGGGGGCCACAAGUACAGCGCCAAUGUGAUGGUGUACAGGAGGCGGGAUGCAUUUGGGUUGGACAAUGUGAAGCGCGGGGAGGUGGUGAAGCAAGGGCAAGAGGUUGUGCUGCCGAAACAGGAAGUGAUUGAAGAAGAAGGGGAUGUUGGAGCGGCGCAGUGUAUCUGGUUAGCAAGGGUGCGGCCGGAGGACUGUGAGGGGAUUGUCAAGUUCACGGUGCUGCAGGGGAAGGUGGUCAAGCCGAAACGGCAGCUAAGGGGUGGGUUUGACCGAGAGAAGGGCUUGAUGAGUUGGUGA